UCUCUCUGAUGCUGUUCCUCCAUGGAGUGGAUCAACGAGACUGUGGUGAGAGAGUUUGUCUUCCUUGGCUUCUCCUCUCUGGCUGGGCUGCAGCGGCUGCUCUUUGCUGUCUUCCUGUUCCUCUAUCUGUUCACUCUGGGCACCAAUGCCAUCAUCAUUUCCACCAUCGUGCUGGACAGAGCCCUUCAUACUCCCAUGUACUUCUUCCUUGCCGUCUUGUCCUGCUCUGAGACCUGCUACACUUUCGUCAUUGUCCCCAAGAUGCUGGUCGACCUGCUGUCUCAGAAGAAGACCAUCUCCUUCCUGGGCUGUGCCAUCCAGAUGUUCACCUUCCUCUUCCUCGGCUGUUCUCACUCCUUCCUGCUGGCAGCCAUGGGCUAUGACCGCUACGUGGCCAUCUGUAACCCACUGCGCUACACGGUGCUCAUGGGACACGGAGCGUGUACAGGACUCGUGGCUGCUGCGUGUGCCUGUGGCUUUACUGUUGCACAGAUAAUCACAUUGCUGGUAUUUCACCUGCCCUUCCACUCCUCCAACGAGCUCCAUCAUUUCUUCUGUGACAUUUCCCCUGUCCUCCAGGUGGCAUCUCAUCAUACCCACUUCAGUCAGAUUGUCAUCUUUAUGCUCUGUUCAUUGGUCCUGGUUAUCCCCCUGUUGCUGAUCUUGGUGUCUUAUAUUCACAUCAUCUCCGCCAUACUUCAGUUUCCUUCCAAGCUGGGCAGAUAUAAAGCUUUCUCCACCUGUGCUUCUCACCUGGUCGUUGUCACUGUCCACUAUGGCUGUGCUUCCUUUAUCUACCUACGGCCAAAGUCUAACUACUCCUCAAGUCAGGAUGCCCUGAUCUCAGUAUCUUACACCAUCCUAACUCCAUUGUUCAACCCAAUGAUUUACAGUUUGAGAAAUAAGGAGUUCAAAUCAGCUCUUCGUAGAGUUGUGGGAAGAACGAUUUCCCUGCCACAACAUUAA